AUGAAGCUCUACGGUGCUGCAUUCCUUGCUACCCUCCUUCCGCUGGCACUUGCCGCACCGACCCCGGAGUUCCAAACCCCCCAAGGCCGAACUAACGACUGUGGCGCGACCUACGACACCGUGAAAGAACUCUCAGAUGGAUCUCUCGAUACGGAAGAUUGCAAGGAUCUUAUAGACGAAAUCACCGCAGACAAAACCUACAGACUCGACUCAUCGAUCCACACGAUCGAGAAGUACGGGACCUGUGCUAUCGCCGUCGCCAAAACCGACUCGGACACGGAGAAUAUCGAUGGUGGGAGUGUCAAUCUUCCCACCUACUGGUCCAAUAUGCUCUUGAUAACUUCUCGGGUGGUGAGAGGGUCGGGGGCAAGGGCUUGA